AUGCCAUUUUUUUUUUCAUUGUUUCCGAAGUAUAAUAAAAUUAAUGGUACAAUUUCUUACAGUACAUUUGUAAAUUUGAUUUUUUUUCUAUCUUUAAAAUAAUUAAAUUUACUUAAACUACUUAAUUAUUAUUAUCUUAAUUAUUCAAAAAUAUUUUAUCACUUAAAACAAGUAGUCAUAUUAAACAAAGUACAUAGUGUCUUACAGUAUUAAGUGUUGUUCAAUUGGUGGAUAAUAAAAAACUUUAUUACCACUAUUACUUAGUCCCCCCACCAACAACUAUUUUAACACCCUGUACAAUUGUUGUUUACUAGUCUAUAUAUAUUUAUUAUUAUAUUAUUUAAUGUAGGUAUUUCUCAAGUGUAAUUGAAUAUUCGUGUACCUACCUAAUUUACAUCAUAUUAGUUAUUUUAACAUUCAUUAACCACUUACCUAUACUAAUGCAUUAGUGUUAAUACGUCUUUAUAGAAUAAAUGGUUUUAUACAUAAUAUAUAAUGUAUCAGUCAAUGGAUUUUAAAGGGUAUGAUUUAUCGAAUGAAAGUGAAGAAAUUGUACCCAUUGGAUCCUUAAAUCAUCUAUCAACAAAAUAUGAGAGCUUAGAUUAUGAAGUCAUCGAAAAUGAAUUGUACCGCGAAGAAGAACAAAAAAAAGGUUAUAGAUAUGUUGUACAAAAAGAUUUUUCUAGGUGGAUGACAUUUUUUUGGAUUGGGGUAACAACUGCCUUUAUUGGAAUAAUAAUUUUUAUUUCAAUUGAAAUUGGGACUACUUUUAAGUUCAACAUGAUCAAAAAAUAUUUUGAUGGUUGUACAGAAGCGGAUUGUGUGUAUAAACCAUAUUUGGUGGCCCUUUUAUUGAACUUAAUUCCUUCAUUAGUUGGGUCAUGUCUUAUAGUUUAUAUUGAGCCUAUGGCUAAAGGUUCCGGUAUCCCGGCUGUGAAAUGUUUUUUAAAUGGAAUUAAAGUACCAAGAUUGAUUAGACUGAAAACAUUGGUUGUCAAAGUGAUUGGUGUUACGUGUGUGGCACUUGGUGGUAUGUGGGGUGGUAAAGAAGGUCCUAUGAUUCACGCAGGAUCUAUAGUGGCCGCUGGAGUUUCACAAGGAAAAAGUAUAACAUUCAAUAAAGAUUUGGGUGCAUUGAAUUUUUUCAGAGAAGAUCAUGAAAAAAGAGAUUUUGUAUCUGGAGGUGCUGCAGCAGGAAUAGCUGCCGCUUUUGGUGCUCCAGUUGGUGGCCUGCUAUUCAGUUUAGAAGAGGGUGCUAGUUUCUGGAAUCAAGCACUUACAUGGCGAACUUUUUUUGGAUCAAUGGUUUCAAUGUUCACAUUACACUCUGUUUUAAGUGCUUAUCAUGGACAUCCAGGUGACCUUACAUAUAAAGGUUUGUUAAAUUUUGGAGAAUUUGAUGAUCUAUCAUAUCAUAUACUCGACAUACCAGUUUUUGUACUGAUGGGUAUAGUUGGUGGCUUGACAGGAGCACUGUUUUGCCAUUUAAAUCUCAAAUUAUUUAUAUUCAGAAAAAGAUACGUUAAUAAGGACUGGAAAAAAAUUUUGGAAGUUUUAAUUGUGUGCGCAACUACAGUGACUAUAAGUUUUUUACUCAUUCUGUUUACUAGUGAUUGCAAAAAAUUAGGACUUGAUCCAACAGAUCACCCUAUUCAGUUUGGAUGCAAUGAUGGUGAAUUCAACGCUAUGGCUUCUUUAUGGUUUCAGCUCUUAGAGGGAACAGUGCGAUCACUAUUUCAUGAUACUCCUGAUGUUUUUAAUACAACUACAGUAGUUUAUUUUUGUAUAUGUGCUUAUUUCAUAACAUUAUGGACAUAUGGAGUACAUUUUAGUGGCGGUGUAUUAAUACCUGGACUGUGUACUGGAGCAGCAUGGGGACGUCUUGUUGGACGAGCGGUAUUUCAUUUUUUUCCAAAUACAAAUAUAGGUAUUUAUUCAUUGAUUGGUGCUGCAUCACAAUUAGGUGGAAUCACAAGAAUGACAAUUAGUUUGACAAUUAUACUAGUAGAAGCUACUGGAAGUAUAACAUUUGGCUUACCACUUAUGAUUUGUUUAAUGACAGCUAAGUGGGUUGGAGAUUUUUUUUCGGAAAGCAUAUAUGACACACAGAUUGAGUUAAGCGGUAUGCCAUUAUUAGCUUGGGAUCCACCUCCAUUAUCUUCUAACAUUUAUGCCAACAAUUUAAUGACACAUCCAGUUAUUACAUUUAAAACUAAAGAAACUGUCGGAAACAUUGUAAAAAUAUUAAAAACAUAUUCACAUAAUGGUUUUCCUGUAAUUGAAUACGUACAGAAUUAUGAAUUAGAUGAAGGCAAAACUAAAUGUUAUCUACGUGGUUUAAUAUUACGAUCACAACUAAUUGUACUUUUGGAAAACAAAGUAUUUGAUGGACCCCUGACUAAUUAUUGGGACUCUGUUACAAUGGAAACUUUUAGAGAAGACUACCCUAGGUACUCAAGUAUUGACGAUAUUGAACUACUGCAGAAUGACCUUAAAUUAACAAUUGAUUUAUCGCGAUUCAUGAAUCCAUCACCAUAUAUCGUCCAACAUACCAUGUCAUUGCCACGUGUUUUUAAAUUAUUCAGAGCUAUGGGACUUCGGCAUAUAGUUGUUGUGAAUGAUUCAAAUGAAGUUGCUGGUAUUGUCACACGCAAAGAUCUAGCUCGAUAUAAAGUAAUUAGACACAUGGGUAAAAUCUGUGUAACCGAACUACAGUUUUCAAGCAAAAUGGAUUAGGCAAAUAGUUUCUCUAUAGUAAUUGUCAAUAAUUUUAUUUCUUUUUAAAAUCUUACCUUAAAAUAUUUACUUAUUAUGUUAUAAAUGGUAUUUUUAGAU